AUGGCUGACGCCAUCUGGGAGUCCUACCGGCCCGAACUGGAGCGUCUCUACAUCCAUGAAGGCCAGAAAUUGAGCGAAGUCAGGGAGUAUAUGCGAACUAAGUACGGGUUCGAUGAAAGAAAGUCACAGUACGAAAAAUACUUCAAGCGAUGGGGCCUGCGGAAAAAUCAUUCUCUGACCUCAGCGGAGGGCAAGUUUAUCGGGCGGCGAGUCGACAAGAGAAAGAGGGAAUACCAGAAAGAGAGCGAAGUGUAUGUCGACGGGGUUCAAUAUCCCCCCAGCAAGCUGAAAAAGUCUCGAUACAAUACAACCUUUGUUUCGACGGUGGAUAACCUUCCAAAUGCUAAUAGAGUCUUAGCUCCUUCUCCCAGCACUCCAGAAGGAAUUGUUGUCUGCACUCCUGCAACGCCGGGUAUGCGGCUCAUUUGGAAUCACUCCCUUCCAUGGUUGCAAUUUUCCAAGCUGCUCGAGCCUCGACGAGACGAUAAUCUGUCGUCCCUACCGCCCGCCCUCCUUGUGACAUCGCCACAAUCCCCUGGUGCUUUGACAAACAACAUCAAUCGAGACUUGAUGCAACGACUAGGCUCGAUAAUUCCUUGGAAGACGCUGUCCCAUCCACCCAAUAUCAAUAGCCUUUCCCGUAUAGUGACUGGACUUAGUAUUCUGAUGCCGGAAGAGUUCGAUGGCCAGCAUCGUAGCCUCGCCACAAGGUUGUGCAACUCCCCACGAACGACAACAGAGAGUCUUAACUUGGAACUAUUUUUGUUGUCUAAUAACUUCGUCUCCCACGGUCCAACUGGCAAAUCCAAAGACACUAUGGAUGCCCAUGACCGGAAUGUGAUGAAGUUGUUGCACAUGUCUGGCUGGAAGACUAUGAAGCACAUUGGGAUCUUGUUAACAACUCGAGAGCCCACCGCAGAGGCCAUAGCAGAGAAACUAUUUGCCAGUGCACUGCGACUCUUGAAACUGAACACUGUGAGAAUGAUGUUGGAGGCUGGAAUGGACCCUGAUAGUCGGGUGGACACAUUUUACGACGGUCCUCUUACAUGUUUACAAUUUGCUGCUCAGAUGGCGAGCCUUGAAUUUGGCAUUGAGACCGUCGAACUUCUUCUGUCUCACGGGGCCGAUAUCAACUUAUCGUACAACGACUAUCCCCCUCUUUAUUAUGCACUCAAAUGCAAGAAUACUGAGGCAAUCAGGCUAUUCCUGUCUCAUAAUGCAUUUGUCACGCCAUCCUGUCUCGCAACUGCUGCAGAGAUCAGCGAUAUGGAUCUGUUCAUUGAGAUACUAGAUCGAGUCACCGACGUGAAUGUACCAUACGAUGGGGAUGAUCUUAAUCCUUUGGCGCGGGCAGUGGCGUGUGACAAUCUUUCGACGGUCAACCUCCUUCUCUCAAGAGGGGCAGAUAUAAAUGAACUUUUGGAUAUUGAGUUUGACAAUGGCUGGGAAAUGACUACAGUUGUGGGGCUUGCAGUCCGAGAAAAGAAUUUGCAGAUUAUUCAGGCAAUGCUCCAGUCCGGUGUCAACGUCGAACACAGACUACAUAAGUUUCCUUGUGUUUCACCUCUUACCCUCGCUGUUGAGGCUGGUGAUACAGGAAUAGCCCAAUUUUUACUUAAAGCGGGGUUUGACAUUCAAUCUGCAUCUAAGGGCUGGAAACUAUCACUCCUUGAACGUGCUCUCAAGCAGAAAGACGUGGAGAUGAGUAAACUCCUGAUAGAGUGGGGCGCUCAGAGACACAUGGCUUACUCACGUAAACAGCAGAACUCUUCAGCUCUCCUCCUUGCUGUCCAGAACGGUUAUAACGACAUUGUUGAUAUGCUAGUCCAAGCAGGUGCACCAUUGAAUGAAGUCUACGGUGAUGCGCCUGGAACAGUGCUUGCAGCAGCAAUUGAAAAGGGAGAUUUAAUGCUCAUUCAAAUGCUGGAGUCCGCCGGUGCUACAAUAAUUGGGCCAAAGCUCCGAGGAAUCGGAAAUCUGGAACUCGCAAUGUAUCUACAAGAAAGGGGUGUACUGAAAUACAUUCUCGAAGUAUGUGGAGGGAGAGUUCUGACCCGUGCAAUUUCUACUGGAAUGCCUGGAUUGGCGCACUGGCUACUUGCUUAUGAUCUUGAUGUUGACGGAAAUCCCACUAUGCUUGAUAUUUCCGAACAUUCAGAAACUCCGUUGCAAGCCGCAAUCAAAGCAGGAUCCCUUUCCUUGGUGGAGAUGAUCAUGGAACGUGGCGCUAGAGUGACCGACUGUGACCUUGCUGCAGCGGUGCAUGUUGGUGACAUUGAUCUGCUGAGUCACCUUUCGGCCUUUUUCGUUGGGAGAGCACCCACCGCGAUCGGAUAUGCGAUUGUAAUGGACAAAAAAGAAGCUAUUAAACUCAUACUCGAUGCAGGUAUCGAACCAACGGGGGCACCGCAAGGAUUCUGCGAGGGAUGGUACUGCGAAGAGGGUGCCGAUUUCACACACGAGGACCCGCAAUCAGUCCUUGAAUUAGCGGCACAACAGGAUGACAGAUCAACUCUUCAGAUUCUUCUCCAAUAUUGGGUCUGGGACAGUCAGAUUAUCGGCCGUGCAUUGACAAUGGCAGUUGUCUAUCAACACACUGGGCUAAUCGAUGAUAUCCUGGAGCAGGCGGUGGACAUGAAUCAAGAGAUUGAUAUUUACUACUAUGACUGGGUGAAUGAGGAUGGUGAGGAAAUACCAGAAUGGUGUGAGAUUCUCACUCCUCUACAGGCUGCAGUCAAGAACCAGCUGGUAUCCAUAGUUCAAUGGUUAGUAAAAAACCCGCAAACCAAUAUUGACUACCUAGGGGAGGGCGAGGGUCGACGCACGGCGCUACAACAUGCGGUGAAUAACGGAAACAUGGACCUGAUCAAUCUCCUUCUUGACCAUGGAGCCAAUGUCAACAGUGCACCAUCAGAGAAUGGCGGAGCUACCGCAUUACAGAUUGCCGCCAUUCAAGGCUACCUGGGAAUCGCUCGCAAGCUCAUCGACCUAGACGCAGACGUUAAUGCUGCUCCUGCGCAAUUCAAUGGCAGAACAGCCUUGGAGGGAGCGGCAGAGCACGGUCGAAUUGACAUGCUUCGGCUUCUUAUUGACGAAAGAGCAUCGCUGGUAGGCAAAGAUGGUGAACGGCAAUAUCGGCGUGCCGUGGAAUUGGCUGAGAAUAAUGGGCAUAUGGCGGCCGCGAGGCUCUUGAAAUCGUUCAAGGAUCAGGUGGAAGAAAGUGGUACUUGA